AUGACAGCUGCUGAACGGUUGUUUAAGGCACUCUUUACCUAUUUUGAUCAGAUCUUGGCUCAAGAUCAAGAUCCAGUCACUGUCGAUCCAGACAGUUGGGAGCUCUAUAAACGACUUGAACGCACACUAUACCCUUGGAUCUACCCUUAUUGGGACAAUGCUUUCCAUAUCAACAACCAAACACAAGGAAAGGGGAUUGUGUUUUGUGUUGGUAAUGAUCAGUUUAAGUUUGCAGCUACUUCAAUUCGUACAUUGCGUGAGGUGCUUAACUGCACAUUGCCAAUUGAAGUAUUCUUUAUCCGAGAAAGUGAUCUUUCUCUUGCCAAACGCACUUAUUUGCAAACUGAAUUUGACAACAUUUCUCUUAGAAAAUUGGAAAACUAUGUAAGCUAUUAUUAUACACGCUUUGGUGGAUGGGCCAUGAAGCCUUUUGCUAUGUUGGCAUCUUCUUUUACAGAAGUAUUGAUGGUAGAUGCAGACGCUUUUUUUCUUCAAGACCCAACCAAAUUGUUUCGCGACGAAGGAUACAAAUUGACGGGCAGUUUAUUCUUUUAUGAUCGAACCCUGUUUGCCAACUGGGAAAAGGGUGCAGAUUGGCUACGUUCAUUUUUACCAACCACAAGCAACCUUGUGCCUAAAUCGCGUUGGUUUAAAAAGACGUCUUCGCAUGAACAAGAAUCUGGUGUUGUCCUGAUGGACAAACAAAAGGCUCUUUUAGGCCUGUUGUCUACAUGUAAAUUAAAUGGCAUCAAUGAACGUGAUGAAGUUGUCUAUAAACACAUUCAUGGCGAUAAAGAGACUUUUUGGAUAGGAUUUGAAAUUAUGCAGACAGCUUAUACGUUUAUCAAAUCCUACGGUGCUGUGAUUGGUGGUAUGGGCAGAGGUGGUAGUGAUGGAGAGCCCACACAAGUAUGUGGUAUUCAUCUUCACCUUGAUACUACAGGCAAACCACUAUGGCUAAAUGGUGGUCUCUAUAGAAACAAAUACGCUCAAGAGUUGGAAUAUCUUACAUUCACGCAUUAUGCAGAGGGUGAGGAUUGGGAAUUUAGUACAUUUUGUAUUCGAGAUACAGAUAAAAUUCACCCACUUGAUCCUGAACAAAGAAGAAUCGCUUUAGCAGCCAUAGAAAUCGAUAAGCAAAGAGUAAAAGAUGAAGAAUUGAUCAACCAAGGCCAGUGGCGGCCUAAACAAAACUAA